CCGCAACCACAGCCGCAGGGACGGCAGCCGGGAGAGCCACCGCGCAUUAUGCAAAGCGGCAGCAGAUGUGAGCGGGGCCAGCUGGGCGCUCCUCGGCCUCCCCUCCCAACGGCCGGCCCAGCUGCCUGAAUUGUCCCCGACACUCCCCUGGCCCUGGUCAGGGCCGACAUGGCCUGAGUACCCCCAGGCGCAGCGGCGCAGCAGCGGGGUUGAAACAUGGGGAACCAGGAUGGGAAGCUGAAGAGGAGCGCAGGUGAUGCCUCCCACGAAGGCGGCGGCGGCGGAGCGGAGGAUGCCGCGGGGCCCAGGGAUGUGGAAACCACAAAGAAGGCGAGCGGGAGCAAAAAGGCGCUCGGCAAGCACGGCAAGGGGGGAGGGGGCGGCGGGGAGAGCAGCAAGAAGAAGAGCAAGUCGGAUUCUAGAGCCUCGGUGUUUUCCAACCUGCGAAUCAGAAAGAACCUGACCAAGGGGAAAGGUGCCGGUGACUCGCGGGAGGAUGUGCUGGACUCUCAGGCCCUGCCGGUCGGGGAGCUGGACAGCGCUCACUCCAUAGUCACCAAGACCCCGGACCUCAGCCUCUCUGCUGAGGAGACCGGCCUAUCGGAUACCGAAUGUGCCGACCCUUUCGAGGUGAUCCAUCCAGGUGGUCCUAGGCCUGCCGAGGCUGGGGUAGAGAUCCAGGCGCCUGCGGAGGAUUUGGAAACUGCGGCAGGAGCCCAAGAUGGACAAAGGACCAGUUCUGGUUCGGACACGGACAUCUAUAGCUUCCACUCCGCUACGGAGCAGGAGGAUUUGCUCUCAGACAUCCAGCAGGCAAUUCGCCUGCAGCAACAGCAGCAGCAACAGCAGCAGAAACUGCUGCUCCAGGACUCCGAGGAGCCUGCAGCGCCCCCCACUGCCAUUUCCCCUCAACCUGGGGCCUUUCUGGGCCUGGACCAGUUCUUGCUGGGACCUAGUAGCGAGGCUGGAAAGGACGCGGAUCAGACACAACCGGUGAGACCUGACUUGCCUGAGACCACCAAGUCCCCUGUGACUGAGCAUCCUCCGUCCUCUGGAGGCCACUUGGCCUCUGAGACUCCCGGCUACGCGACCGCCCACUCGGCAGGCACAGACUCUCUCUCAUCUCCAGCCUUCACAUUUCCUGAACCUGAGUCAAGGGAGGGCGCAACCGGAGCCCCAGCGCCCGAAGCUGGGGACACAGAUGAAGAGUGCGAGGAGGAUGCUUUUGAGGAUGCUCCUCGAGGCUCUCCAGAGGAGGAAUGGGUUCCAGAGGAGGGAGAAUCUUCACAGAGGCCGGAGGAAGAGCCGGAGGAGGGGAUACGAGGGCCCAGUGUCUCUGCAGUAGCUUCUUUGCCUGGCAGCCCUGCGCCCAGCCCACGAUGUUUCAAACCUUACCCACUCAUCACCCCCUGCUACAUCAAGACCACCACUCGGCAGCUCAGCUCGCCCAAUCACUCCCCGUCCCAGUCCCCCAACCAGAGUCCUAGGAUCAAGAAGCGACCGGAGCCUUCCGUGAGUCGGAGCCCCAGAACUGCCUUGGCCUCUGCUGCGGCCCCGGCAAAGAAGCACCGGUUGGAAGGCAGCCUCACAGGCGGCCUUAGCCGCUCAGCCGACUGGACCGAGGAGCUAGGCGUCCGUACGCCUGGGGCAGGAGGCUCUGUGCACCUGCUGGGGCGCGGGGCUACUGCGGAUGAGAGUGGUGGCGGGUCCCCUGUGCUGACCGCCAAAGCACCCGGGGCUGCAGCGACAGCUGAUGGCUUUCAGAAUGUGUUCACAGGGCGGACUCUGUUGGAGAAGCUCUUCAGCCAGCAGGAGAACGGGCCUCCGGAAGAAGCCGAGAAAUUCUGCUCGCGGAUCAUUGCCAUGGGCCUUCUGCUCCCUUUUAGUGACUGCUUCAGGGAACCAUGUAAUCAGAAUGCUGGGUCAAGCUCAGCACCAUUUGAUCAAGACCAGCUUUACACCUGGGCUGCUGUUAGUCAACCCACACAUUCCAUGGACUACAACGAAGGGCGAUUUCCCAGGAGAGAACCAUCCAGGCUUCCUGAUGAAGAACACAGCCCCAAGGCCGUUGAUGCAGAACCUCAAUCCUCUAUUUUGGAAAGCCCGAAAAAAUGUCCAAACGGUGUCCAGCAGGAACUUUACGAUGUGAAGUCUGAAGAACAGGCAACUGUAAUUCAACAACUGGAACAAACCAUCGAGGAUCUGCGGACAAAAAUAGCAGAACUAGAAAAACAGUAUCCAGCCCUGGACUUGGAGGGCCCCAGAGGCCUUCCAGGACUGGAGAAUGGAUUCCCAGCCUCUGCAGAAGUUGGUCUGGAUGCUCUCAGAUUGCAUGGAAAGGUGGCACAGCUUCCAAGAACUCUUCAGGCCAAAUCAAUACAAACUUCCCCUACAGAAGAGGGUGGGAUCCUGACUCUGGCACCUUUAUUGUCACGGCCGGAAGGUCCACCAUGUCUACCUGCAGCUGAAAUUGGAGAAUCAGCUGUUCUGCCCUCACCCUCUGGACCUCAGACAAAGUUCUGUUCCGAGAUUUCCUUGAUUGUGUCUCCAAGGAGAAUAUCAGUACAGCUUGAGGCCCAACCAGCCACGCAGAAUACAUCACAACUCCAUCCUCUUCCUCCCUCUCUCUCUGGGUCUGAUGGUCAAGGACUGCCCCUCCACCCUUCUCUGCAUACUGCAUUGGAAACCAGCCAUGAACAUUCUGUUUUGUCCUCCUUGGAAAACAGCCGUAAUAUCCCCCCCGCACCACCUCUGCCUUGUACAGAGUCCUCCAGCUUCAUGCCUGGCCUGGGCAUGGCGAUCCCCCCACCUCCUUGUCUCUCUGACAUAACAGUGCCUGCUCUGCCCAGUACAACAACCCCACAAUCUACCAGUCUACAGGGAACAGAAAUGCUGCCAGCCCCUCCCCCACCUCCUCCACUCCCAGGACUUGGAAUACCCCCUCCCCCUCCUCUCCCUGGAGUGGAAAUACCCCCUCCCCCUCCUCUCCCUGGUGUGGGAAUACCCCCUCCCCCUCCUCUCCCUGGUGUGGGAAUACCCCCUCCCCCUCCUCUCCCUGGAGUGGGAAUACCCCCUCCCCCUCCUCUCCCUGGUGUGGGAAUACCCCCUCCCCCUCCCCUCCCUGGUGUGGGAAUACCCCCUCCCCCCCCUCUCCCUGGUGUGGGAAUACCCCCUCCCCCUCCUCUUCCUGGAGUGGGAAUACCUCCUGCUCCUCCUCUCCCUGGAGUGGGAAUACCCCCUCCCCCACCUCUACCUGGAGUGGGAAUACCCCCACCUCCCCCACUUCCUGGAGUGGGCAUACCCCCUCCCCCUCCUCUUCCUGGAGUGGGAAUACCCCCACCUCCCCCACUUCCUGGAGUGGGCAUACCUCCUCCCCCUUCUCUACCUGGAGUUGCUAUUCCUCCACCUCCUCCUCUCCCAGGUAUGGGGGUUCCUCCAGCCCCACCUCCCCCUGGGGCAGGCAUCCCUCCACCCCCUCUGUUGCCUGGCUCAGGUCCUUCCCACUCCGCACAGGUUGGGAGUAGCUCUUUACCAGCACCACAAGUAUGUGGGUUUCUUUUUCCUCCAUUGCCAACUGGCUUAUUUGGAUUGGGGAUGAAUCAGGACAGAGGCGCUAGGAAGCAGCCAAUUGAGCCUUGCCGGCCAAUGAAGCCUCUCUAUUGGACAAGAAUUCAACUCCAUAGUAAAAGAGACUCCAGUCCUUCACUUAUUUGGGAGAAAAUUGAAGAGCCCUCCAUAGAUUGUCAUGAAUUUGAAGAAUUAUUUUCUAAAACUGCGGUAAAGGAAAGAAAGAAACCCAUUUCUGAUACAAUCUCAAAGACAAAGGCAAAACAAGUUGUCAAGUUGCUUAGCAACAAACGAUCGCAAGCAGUAGGAAUUCUAAUGUCUAGUCUUCAUUUAGAUAUGAAAGACAUACAACAUGCUGUUGUGAACUUGGACAAUUCGGUGGUUGACCUGGAGACCCUUCAAGCUCUCUAUGAGAAUAGAGCACAGUCAGAUGAACUGGAAAAAAUUGAAAAGCACAGUCGAUCCUCCAAGGACAAGGAAAAUGCCAAGUCUCUUGACAAACCUGAACAGUUUCUGUAUGAGCUGUCUCUAAUCCCCAACUUCUCAGAGCGAGUCUUCUGCAUCUUGUUCCAGUCAACGUUUUCAGAGAGCAUUUGUUCAAUUCGUCGUAAACUGGAAUUGCUACAGAAACUGUGUGAGACAUUAAAAAAUGGACCAGGGGUCAUGCAAGUCCUGGGUUUGGUUCUAGCCUUUGGGAACUACAUGAAUGCUGGAAACAAGACACGAGGACAGGCAGAUGGUUUUGGACUAGACAUUCUGCCAAAGCUAAAGGAUGUCAAAAGCAGCGACAACAGCAGAAGCCUUUUGUCGUAUAUUGUCUCAUAUUAUCUUCGAAAUUUUGAUGAGGAUGCUGGCAAGGAACAGUGUGUCUUCCCUCUGGCAGAGCCCCAGGAGCUGUUCCAGGCCUCACAGAUGAAAUUUGAAGACUUCCAGAAAGAUCUCAGAAAACUAAAGAAAGACUUGAAAGCCUGUGAGGUGGAAGCGGGGAAAGUGUACCAGGUCUCCUCGGAAGAGCACAUGCAGCCAUUCAAGGAGAAUAUGGAGCAGUUCAUCAGUCAAGCUAAAAUUGACCAAGAAUCACAAGAGACUGCCCUGACAGAGACUCAUAAAUGCUUUUUGGAGACCACAGCCUACUACUUCAUGAAACCAAAAAUUGGAGAGAAGGAGGUGUCCCCAAAUGUUUUCUUCAGUGUCUGGCAUGAAUUCAGCUCUGACUUUAAAGACUCUUGGAAAAAGGAGAACAAACUGAUUCUGCAAGAGAGAGUUAAAGAAGCUGAGGAAGUGUGUAGGCAAAAGAAAGGAAAAGCACUCUACAAAGUAAAACCGAGACACGACUCUGGGAUUAAAGCAAAGAUAAGCAUGAAAACCUGAGCUGUGAACAGCAGAACAAAGCAAGUCAUCGAAACAACGUCCGCAGCAUCCACGUGACCUGAGCAGGGAACGAAGCUACACCAUUCUGAUCACUUUUCCAUGGAGACUCUUGCAUAAUCUUCCAUGUUUUCUAGAAAGUUUACUGAUUGUUGAAUCUUUCUGUAUGUUCCUUUAAAAUUGCAAAAGCAGUAGACCUGUGGAGAAUUGGAACCCUUUUCUUUUUGUAAACGUUCCAGUGUUAUCCCAAGAGACCGAAACAGCACGUCUAAGAAACACUAACUCUGAACACACUAAACCUUAACCUAUGGUUCCCUUUUGUGAGGUUCUCUCCCUUGUCACAACAAAAGCAUCUUCCCUUCUACUGACAACCAGAACUCCAUGUCUUGUGACUAGACUUGUGGGUGAAUGUAAUUCCUACUGAAGUCUUUCUAUCUACUUCACUUCUCCUUACACAGUUUCUAUUUUGAGAAGUAAGUAGUAUCUGUGUGUCAUGACCAACGCUGUCCCCACUCUGAAGUUGCUCUCUGUGUCCCUUAAGACCCUCUGAAAAACUGGUCUGCAGCAGAGGUAAAUGAAAUCAAAAGACAUUCCUUUGUAUCUUACACUAUGAUACUUCACACAUACAUACACACACAUACACACACACACACAAACACACAUACAUGCACAAGAACUUUGAGUAAGUGAAGCUCAUGAAAUUGUAAGAUUUAUUUUUUGAUAACUAUCAUAAAUAAUAUAUGAAUCAGAUCUAUCUGGACCUUGUUAAGUAAAAUGCCUGCCUGAGUAUUUUGACACGAUUGCUGUGACCACGUGUUAUAGCCGGUGAUUUACAGCUGGGAGGUAAGGAUGCAUUCAUCCUGCAUCUAAAGGGUUCCAGGGAAGGAUUCUACUCACUCUGCUGUCAGGGAAAACAGGUGAGUUUCCCAUCCUUUCUGAGCAUAUUUUGAAGUAAACUCAUAAUACAUUAAGAGGGUUUUGUAUAACAGUGAUAGUUGUUCUUCUCAAUUGCUGCUAAUAAUAUUGGUGGAAAGUUAUGGAUGUAGAAAGGGGGAAAAUUUAUUGCUACUGCAAACCAGUUAUGAACAGCAACUUAAAGAGAUAAAUAAUGUUCUAAAUCAUAGCUAUACUUGUAUUUAUGUAAAGUAUGACUUCUUUCCUUUUACUUUGUAUUCGAAGUGCAGAGGAGCAGUAGUGUUUUAUUUUCUUCUGUUGUUGUUUUGUAAUUCUCCUAUCCCUUAGUCCUUCCCAUGUGUAUAUUACCACUCUUCAAUGAAGUCAUAGGGCAUUUAACAAAGAUCGCUAUGUGCAAUACUGUAUUUUAGUGUUUCUAUUUCAAUUUUUUAGAAUGUUAAUUUAUAUGAAAAUAAAAUAAAUG